GUAGCCGCCGCCCCCGCCCCCAACCCCGCCCGUCCCGGCACCUAGCCGAGCCCCGGGCCCAGCAUGGCAGCCCCGGAGCCGGCCCGGGCCGCGCCGCCCCCGCCCCCGCCCCCGCCGCCCCCUCUUGGGGCCGACCGCGUCGUCAAAGCUGUCCCUUUCCCCCCAACUCACCGAUUGACAUCUGAAGAAGUAUUUGAUAUGGAUGGGAUACCCAGGGUUGAUGUUCUGAAGAACCACCUGGUAAAAGAAGGUCGGGUAGAUGAAGAAAUUGCACUAAGAAUUAUCAAUGAGGGUGCUGCCAUACUUCGGCGGGAGAAAACCAUGAUAGAAGUAGAAGCUCCAAUAACAGUGUGUGGUGACAUCCAUGGCCAAUUUUUUGAUCUGAUGAAACUUUUUGAAGUAGGAGGAUCACCUGCUAAUACACGAUACCUUUUUCUUGGUGAUUAUGUGGACAGAGGUUAUUUUAGUAUAGAGUGUGUCUUGUAUUUAUGGGUCUUGAAGAUUCUAUACCCAAGCACAUUAUUCCUUCUGAGAGGCAACCAUGAAUGCAGACACCUUACUGAAUAUUUUACCUUUAAGCAGGAAUGUAAAAUUAAAUAUUCAGAAAGAGUCUAUGAAGCUUGUAUGGAAGCUUUUGACAGCUUGCCCCUUGCUGCACUUCUAAACCAACAAUUUCUUUGUGUUCAUGGUGGACUUUCACCAGAAAUACACACACUGGAUGAUAUUAGGAGAUUAGAUAGAUUUAAAGAGCCACCUGCUUUUGGACCAAUGUGUGACUUGCUAUGGUCUGAUCCUUCUGAAGACUUUGGAAAUGAAAAAUCACAAGAACAUUUUAGUCAUAAUACAGUUCGAGGAUGUUCUUAUUUUUAUAACUAUCCAGCAGUGUGUGAAUUUUUGCAAAACAAUAAUUUGUUAUCGAUAAUUAGAGCUCAUGAAGCUCAAGAUGCAGGCUAUAGAAUGUACAGAAAAAGUCAAACUACAGGGUUUCCUUCAUUAAUAACAAUUUUUUCGGCACCUAAUUACUUAGAUGUCUACAAUAAUAAAGCUGCUGUACUAAAAUAUGAAAAUAAUGUAAUGAAUAUUCGACAGUUUAAUUGUUCUCCACAUCCUUACUGGCUGCCCAAUUUUAUGGAUGUCUUCACAUGGUCUUUACCAUUUGUUGGAGAAAAAGUGACAGAAAUGUUGGUAAAUGUUCUGAGUAUCUGCUCUGAUGAUGAACUGAUGACAGAAGGUGAAGACCAGUUUGAUGUAGGUUCAGCUGCAGCCCGGAAAGAAAUCAUAAGAAACAAAAUCCGAGCAAUUGGCAAGAUGGCAAGAGUCUUCUCUGUUCUCAGGGAGGAGAGUGAAAGCGUGCUGACACUCAAGGGCCUGACUCCCACAGGGAUGUUGCCUAGUGGAGUGUUGGCUGGAGGACGGCAGACCUUGCAAAGUGCCACAGUUGAGGCUAUUGAGGCUGAAAAAGCAAUACGAGGAUUCUCCCCACCACAUAGAAUCUGCAGUUUUGAAGAGGCAAAGGGUUUGGAUAGGAUCAAUGAGAGAAUGCCACCCCGGAAAGAUGCUGUACAGCAAGAUGGUUUCAAUUCCCUGAACACCGCACAUACCACUGAGAACCACGGGACUGGCAACCAUAGUGCCCAGUGACCAGCGACUUCCCAGGGACUCUCAGGUCUCGGUCCUCAAAUGGACAGAUCACCCAAGGAGCUGGAAGGGUUGGCCGAGCUGAUGAUAAAUAUCACAAUGUCUCUGAAGAAACCAUUGUGUUCCCUUCCUGGAUGGAGGCUUGAGCGCCUUGGGACAUGUGCUGUCUAAUAAGAUUGGGUAAUUGCUGCCACAGUGGAGAGCAGUGAGGAAGGGGCUUGGGGCAAUUUCCAGUGGAGGAUAUCUACACCUCCAUUUAUGCUAGUGGUUCACACAUUUACGUUUACAAAUGAGAUUUCCUUUUUUUCCUCAGUAGAAUUAGAUUUUUUUCCAACCAUAACUUUAAAUGCAGCCUUUAGAGUUAAUGUGGACUUCCCCUGCCCCAUGAAAUGUCUUUAAAAGGAUGAAUUAGCAUGGUCUUAAAAUACAUUUCUGAGGUUACUAGCUCGAUUUUCAAUUGUAGGCAAAAAUCUGAGAAACUCAGUUGGUGUUUAUACAAAAAGCUGACCUCAGGUCUAUAGUUCUUAAAUGUGGCUAAUUCUGUAAUAGAGUCUUGGUAUUUUUCAAUUAUGAAUCCAUAAACUAUUUCUAAGAAGACUCUUACUUGAACACAAAUCCAAACACCAAUUUAGAAUCUUUUUUGCCCAUAUCUUUUGAGAUUUAUGCCCCAGAGAUUUAAGGGAAAAAAAAAAAACUAAAUAAAUUUUAAAAUUAUGAAGACUUACAGAAUUACUCAUUUAAGGUACUUUAAAAGAAGUUUGUACAUUGUCAAAGUAAAUUUUAAUUCAAAUCAUGUCUGUAAAACUUGACGUAUUUUGUGUAUGCAUGUUUUCAUUUUGCAAAUAUUUAAUAUAUAGACCUAUGAUGUACAGGUACAAUAUGUAUAGGUUAUAUAGAUGUUAUGAGAAAUUUUAGUUUAUUGUGAGUACUCCAGUUGCUUAAAACAACCAUGAGGGUGAUUUGCUGCUGGCUUUCUAUCAUUUUUAUGUUUAAAUGCAAAGGAAAUUUAAAAUGUCUGGAAAUGUUUCUGACUAAGUAAUGCAGCCUAGAAGCAAUGUUAGUGGAAGCAUAAAAGUCAAGACUGCAUGUUGAAAUUUUACUUUUGAUAGUUACAGAACUGCUUGGUUAAACUAAAUGGAACCAUGUGCUAAUUUUACACAGUUACUGACUUGUACUGAUUGCCACUGUAGUUUGGUAUUUCCCUUUACUUUGGUGGCUGCUUCCCUCAUGCCCUGGAAUACAGCUCAAAGCUCCAGGCAGUGGAACCAUCUGUUGUUUUGUUUGCUAGAAAGUGCACUCUGUACGGUCUCCUGUCUAAGUUGGAAAUAUUAUGCAUGUGCAGGACUAUUCAAGUAUUUUAUAAACAGUAGCACACAAUAAAUUCCAUGCAUGGGCUGCUGCUCCUAUCUCUGUGUUGGGUUUUAUUUGGAAGAUCUAGUCUGAUUUAACCUUUUUAAGCAAAUUGUAAAAUUAUGUUAAUAGAGCUAGAAUAUCCAUAGAGAUUAUCCUAUAGAUAAUUAAUUAUGAUUUCAUGAGUUAAAUUACCUUUUGUUUUUUGUUUUUUCAAGAUAUGGUUUCUCUGUGUAGCCUUGGCUGUCCUAGACUCGCUUUGUACACCAGGCUGACCUUGAACUAACAGAGAUUGGACUGCCUCUGCCUCCCUGAGUGCUGGGAUGACAGGCAUGCACCACCACUGACCACGCCUGGCAUAUAUUCUUAUCUUUAUACAUUUUACUUUUUUCCCCCUUAACCUUUGGCUAUACUUUUUUUUUUUUUUUUUUAAUGUGGGUAAUUGAGUAUUGGAGGACUUAGGAUUCCUAACAAUAAUUUUCCAAAAUAAAUAAAGUCCCUUGUGGCUAGGGAUAUAGUUUAGUGGAUAGAGUUUGCCAGUCAUAUGCAAAAGCCCUUGGCUCAACCCCUAGCACAAUAAAUAAAAUGAAAGUUACUGUUUUUGCCAACUCUUGCUUAGAAGAAAUGUUCUAGUCUUGAACUUUGUUAGAGUGAUACUGAUAAAUUGGGUAUUUUAACAAUAAUCAAAAAUACUAAUGUUGGGUUGCUCUGUCAUUGUUGAAGUGAGUAUAACAUUGUGCAAAUUGAGAAAUUACUUAAAAUUUGUAAUAUAAUAUGACAAAUAGCUUUAACAGUAGCAAUGAGACAGAAAGCAUCAGUUUAUAUCAAAUGUAUAUUUUUGCCAGAUUUCAGAUAAAAAAGGACCUAAAUUGUUUGUUAUAGUGUCUAAUAUUAAUUUGUAAAUCAAUCCAGUAGCUGCCUCUAAAAUUACUAUGUACUGUAUACUUUAAAGAGUUUUCCUAAUUUGUUUCAUAAAAAUUACACAUUGUUAAGGUAGGAACUUAACUAGUAUAUUAAAUAUUAAUAAGUUCUUAGUUCUUUGAUUCACUGCUAGGGUUAGAUAGUAUUUGUGGGAGUCACAGAUAAGCAUAAAGCAUCAUUAUUAAAUAUGUGGAAUUACAGGUCAGUGAUAAAAAUUAAGAAGGAGAAAAUAAAAGAACUUAAAGAAAUGUACGUGAAAAUCAUAGACUAUCGUCCAGCCUCAGCCGACGUCUUUCAGAUUAAUAAGUAGGAACCUCUUUCUAGCCCGAGCCCUGUCCUCUUCCUCCUUUUUUUCUGAAAAGAACCUGUGUAGCUCAGAUUAUCCUUCAACUCAUCUAUCAUCCUCCCUCAGCCUCCCUAGGGCUAGGAUUUUUACACGUAUGAACUAGCAUGCGUGGUCUAACAUCUUCAUGGAUAGUUUUACCAAAAAUGGUUAAAUACUUAAUUAUUUUCAUUGCAACUUAUGAUGCAAAUUGGGAAAAAUUCAGAUCUCUAAAUUAUUACUUUAUCUACCAGUGGAAGUAGUGACACUAAAAUAGAAAUAUCCCUUACCAAUUUUCCCGUCACUGUCCUUUAUAUUCAAAGAUGACACCUCUGAGUUAUUAUACCUUCUUAUACCUUCUUGAGUUUAGUCAUCAGUAACAGAACUCUUAGCCUCAUUGAGGGCCAUCAUUUAAGUUUGAGGUCAGUUUAGUUUAAAGUUGACCUGAAGUCUUUACUCACAAUGAUCACAUCUAUUUCAUCAGUGUUUUUGAAUAGUAUAAUUGAUUCUCUUUAUUUAAGGCUACUUUAUGUAGUGUUGUGCAGUGUUUUAUUGACUAUUAUUUGUAGUUCAUGUUUUUUACAGUUUGGAAUUCUUUCUUGGUGUUAAAACUUUUGUAAAUUGAUAAACUACAUUCUAGGACCCUAUUGCCAGAUGUUCUGUUUUCCAGAGGCAGGUAAGUGACAGCUGAGGUCAGAUGUAACCAAAAAAUAAGAGGGGGAGCGGAUCUUUUAAUCAUAUAGGACCAUUAUCCAAAUAUCUGCUAUUAGGUUCUUCAGCUCAAUAGUUAAUAAGUGAAAAGGAGCUAGGAAGUGUGAUUGAACUUCCUGGGUCAGCAUCCUUUACUAGAAGGAAUGAAAAGAUAGCUGAGUUAAUUCUUCUCUGUUUUUUGUUUCUGUAAAGAAUAUGUAUUUUACUCAGUAACUGAAAUAAAUGUUGGUCUUACUUGGA